AUGUUUGAUCCGGUUGGAUAUCGGCUGGGGUUUGCAAGCAGGUUUACUGUCGGCAUCACGCGCGACCUGCAGUCGCUGGCGGCCAGCAACCGGGGCGACAGCGAGAGCGACCUGCACGACCAGACGCCCGACACGGACGACUCGGGCGCGCACUCGUACCCCGAGGCGCUGCCCAGCGCUUUCGGUGCGCCCGCGGGAGGCGGCGGUAGUGGGGGCGCGGCGUCGUCCUUCAAGCGUGCGCCCGUUAUGGGUGGCCGCGGCCUGGAGCAGCGCGGCAAGAAGGCGCGCGGCGCAGGGCCUGCGGCCGCUGCCACCAAGGACGCGGCCACGGCGGGGCCCGGCGCGCAGAAGGUGGUGCAGGUGGCGGCGCUGGAGGUGAAGAACGUGACUCGUGCCAUCAACCGCUACGGCACGCUGCCCAAGGGCGCGCGCAUCGGCGCCUACCUAGAGUCGCUGCGCCAGAGCGGGCUAACGGCGGGCGACGGCGACGGCGCAGUGGGCGACGAGCGCUGCUGUGACGAGCUGGCGGCAGCGGCGGCUGCGGCGGCGGGCGACGCGGCGGGAGGCGUGCUCCCCUUGCGCGCCGCUUCCCCCCGCACCAACAUCCGCACGCAGCGCAGAAUGAUCCGUAGCAAAUCGUCAGCACACACCACGCGGCACACCGGUCGUGCGCCGACGGGCAAGCUCGCCCCGGCGCUCGGCCUUCUCCUGGCGCCGGCGCUUCCCGCGUUGCGCACCUUCCCGCGCGGCCGGCCCUCCGGCAACGUCGAGCGGCCGUGGGCCCCGCUUUAUCCGGGGCGGCAGCCCUCGCGCGCCGCGCAGCCCUCGCUGGCGGACCUGGACUUCCCACGCCCCCCGCCGACUCCCACCACCACCCGAGGAAUUCGACAAUUUGCGAGGGCCCUCCCGCCACGCCGGAGCCACCCCUUUCCUCUCGGGCGCCGCGUCCCCCAGCCCCGAACGAAAGACGCCGUGCGCCCCGGGGGCGGGCGGCGUCCCCCCCGGGCGUUGGGGGCCCCGGCCGCCGGCUUAAGUCACAGCGCUAGCCUUGAUCCGCCCUGCGGGCGCCGGCCUUGGCUGCCCGCGCCCUCCGACGCAUCGCGCGGACCGACCGACACGCCCCGCCCCGCGCCCGCCACCGGCGACGGAGACGGUGACGCUGGCGCUAGCGCCCGCAGGCGGGCGACCGUGCGCAACACGGAACCGUCUGUGGAGGAGGCGUCGCGCGCUUCGGCGGUGUCCCUGCGCCGUCGCGAGCCUCUCACGGACUCGUGGCAGCAGCGCGGCGCUCCGGGCGGCGGAGACGCGACCGGCGCGGGCGGCCGCCGCAACUCCAAGGGUCGCCCUUCCGACCCGCCCACCCAGCCCCCCGCGUUUCCAGCCGUUCGCUUUCCUUCGCCCGCGACGCCCGCACGCCGGCGUUCUCCCGCCAGCGAACGGCGUUCCUUGCGCUGGCGUCGCCGCCGGUGCUCCCUCCGCCGCCGCCGCCCCCGCCUGAGGCCACCGCAAAGCGUAUCGCCGCCUACCGUGGGGCGCGAGCUGCGUGGGUGUCCAGUUUUGGGUGAGGCCGACGCGCGGGUCAUGCGCGCUACAAGAACGAAACAGUCGGCGGGCGACGGCGGUGAGCGCCGGUCGGCGGGCGCCGCCGCCUGCAAAGUCUUUAAAAACGUGCACCCGGGCAUGAAGGAAAUGCUGGAGCUGAAACUAGUAGCCGAGAUCAAGGAACGCGCAGACCUCAAGUUCGGUCGCAACAAGGAGUCCCCGUCGCAGACCGAAGGCAAUGAAGGUGCGGCAUCGUCUGGCGUUGCCCCUCUCGACCCCGCGUCACAACUGGUCUGCGAAUUGGCGGAAGGCCUGCAGCAGGAACCCGCAGCACCCGAGCCCUCGCCUGCAGGGCCUGCUCCGGCUCCCGUGGUCGGCCCAGCGCGCGGACCCGCUUCGCCCGUCGACUACAAGGUGGGGCUCCGCAAAUUCAGCCGCGGGUCGGAUGGUGGUGGUGUGGGAACGAGCGCUCCCAACAAGAGCGAACCUGCGCUCACGGGCUUCAAAGCGCAGCUGAAGAAAUUUGAACCGGGGACCAAGCGAUCCGAACCUGAGGAACCUCCGUCGGGAACCAUCAUAGACUUCAAGGCGCGGCUACGGAAGGUGGACGCGGGUGCGACGACAGCGCGACGCUCCGCCGACGGCGCCGACGAGGCCUCUGCGGAUGCGGACUCGGGGGCGACACUGACGCCAGCAGACGCACUGUGCGGCGACGACGACGCGCGCAAGCGUGACAGCACCGUGAGCGCGCACAGCGUCGACGGGUCGGCAGCGAAGGCGUCCGCGGGCGGCGGGACCGCGAACCCCAGCGGUAACAGCGGUGGAGCGGAGGAAAGCGAAGACAAGCGUCGCAGCACCGGUAGCAUCAGCAGCCUCAAGAAGCUGUGGGAGAGUAAGGAGUCGACUGUGGGGGCGGGUGACGGGACGGUGGCGGGAGCGGCGGGCCAGCUUAGUCCCAAGCUUGCUCCCAAAGCCGGCGCGGCGGCCACAGCGGCGUCGAAACCAGAGGUCCCUGCACGUCGCGACGCCCCUGCAACAACGGUGCCCGCGGCGGCGGACGAGGACGCGUCGCCCGAGGAGAAGCCCGCACCCGCCCAGCAGCGCCGAGUGUGGCCGCCGCCGGCGCCGGCCGACGAGAAGCCGGCUGUGCCUGUGAAGCCCGCCGUCAAGACAUUGAAGCCCGUCCUUGUGAAAGCGGGCGGGCCGGCCAUCUACGCCACACCGCAACAGCAACAGCAGGGAUCGGGAGGUGGCCCGGUGGCGGCGGCGGCGGCGGCGGCUUCCGCCUGCUCCGUGGGGUCGGGUGCGUCCAAGGGAACUCGCGAAGGCGGUGGCGAGGAAGGCGGAGAAGAGAAAAGCGAGCGCGAUAGCGUGCUGGAGAUCUCGGCGGCUCUGGAGACGUCGCUGUCGUCGCUGCGGGGUGCGUCCGCCGUGUCACCCGGCAGCUGGCUGCAGCUGUCGGACAAGGUGGGGCUGUUCCACACAUCGUGCGUGGGGUACGCGGACCGCGUGCCGCCGCACGCGCGCUUCCACUUCCGCGAGCUGCUCACCCGCCUGGAGACACAGGCUCGCCAACUGCGCUGCGCCGGCGCGCGCAACUCUGCGGACAACUCACGCCUGUUCAGCGAGGUGCAGAACACGGUGCGCGAUGUUAUCAACGUUGUGCAAAGAUAA